AUGUUGGUGCCGUAUUCAUCGACGGUUAACGGCGAAUGCAGUUAUGGUAUGGCUUGCGGUCAAGCUGGAGUUCAGCCUGUACGCAAAACUAAAGAACACGGUGCUAGCAAGGACGAUAAGAACAGCUGUACCAUUGGAACUGGAACAAGCAAAAUAAAUACAAGAAACUGGACUAUUGACACCGAAGACGAAGAUGAAGACUCCGAAUAUACAGAACUCAACGCCAUGUGCAAAGCUCGUUACACGAUUAUGCGGGACGUGUUACACCAAUUUGUCUCAAAAAAAGAGCGUAAGCUAUUGGUGUUAGAAGCAUGUGAUGCCUUGGCGGCACUUCAGUCUCUUGAAGCGACCAUGAUUCAGUUAGAACCCAUCAAGUGUUCAGAGCUCGAACCAGUCGAGGUCGAGUGUCAUAUGGAGGAUGUCAACUGUUGUCAGAUAGCGGCCGUUGAAUAUGGUCCGAUAGCGACCGUUGAUCGCAGCUCAACCGGGGCCAUUGACAGCUGUUCAAAUGUGUACUUCGACUGUCAAAUGUCCGAUUGCAGACUCAUAUCAACCAAAUGCCCAUGCAACAUCGACGACUGUCCAUUAACAUCACCCGAGUAUCCAUUUAGUGACCAGUGGUUCAACGACAAAUAUGCCAACGAUUUAGUUGACAGUUAUACAUUAGAACGGAAGAAAAUCAAGGGCACUCGAUUGUUUGAUCGCGUUUACAACCAGGCGGUGGAGAUGAGCAACGACAUCAUAGGACGCUGCAUGGUCAAGCCAAAACAGUUGGUGAAUGCUCCUCCGGCAGUGGCUUCAGUAUUAGUGGCUCCAGCGGUGGCGGCUUCAAUGGUGGCAGCUUCAGUGGUCGCGUCUCCGGCAAUGGCAGCUUGGAUAGUGGCGGCUCCAGGGUUGUCAUCUUCGGUGAUGCAGGUGGCCCAAGCGGUGGCGGCUCCGGCGAUGGUUGAUCUGAUGAUGGUGGUUCCAGUGGUGGCUGCUCCGACAAUGGCUGUAGAGGUGGCUCCAUUGGGCAACGAUUUGGUGGCGGUUCCAGUGGACAACGAGCUUCUAGCGACUCCGACGGAGGAUAAUCUAACAAUGACUUCGGCGGGUAACGAUUCGGUGGUGAAGCCAAAUGCAUGCGCGUCAACGAUAUUUCUCCCUCAAACAGAUCUGGAAGAAACAAACGAAAACUCAACACUCCAAAGACAAUUAAAUUAA